UCAUAACCCGCUACCGCUACUGGCCCUGCGAUGUCCGACCCUUCCCAAGAACUACCUCCGUCCCUCAACCUCCCAGCUCAUCUCUCGGCACACAAAUACUUCUUCGUUUGUACCCUCACCGUCGCCGCCUGGGACACUCUCGUACUCUCCCCACGAUCAUGGCGUCUCCUUCGUACUAAGGAGUGGCCGUUCCUCAAGAUCGCUUACCACUUCCUGCGGGUAUUCAUGCCACUCGAGUUCACCGUUGUCGGAGUGGCAUUCUUUGAUACCAAGUGGUCCCUCGAGACCUGUUCCCACUUCUUCCUUUUCGAGCCCAUCUGCACCGCGAUACUGCUUGCGGUUUGUUCGGCCGUUCACGUUAUUCGCAUCCAUGCCAUCUACGACAAGUCUCGCAACGUGCUUACCGUCAUGGGCGGUCUUUUCGCUCUUCAAAUCAUAGUAACGGCCAUCUGCUGCGGCUUCUAUCAAGUGACACCGCUCGAGGUUGGUCAGGGUUGCAUCGCGUCGCCCAAGCACAACUGGGUUGGCCUCUAUUGGCUCUCCGCCACCCUCCUGUACACCGCUUCCCUCGUUCUCGCGCUCCGGCGCUCCUUCCGUUCUUUGAAAGACAAGCCAAUCUCUUAUUGGAAGCUUAUGCUCCGUGACGGUUUGAACCUCUACGCCGCUAUCUGGGCCGUCAACAUGGUCAACAUGCUCUUCUGGUUUAUUGUCAAGCCUACCGGCCCCGAUGACCCCAUCCGUGUCAUUGUCACGAGCAUGGCCGCAGUUCUAACCACCUCGAUGACACUCCGCAUCAUCCUCGCUGUCCGCGGUUCGCUCGCCAAGGGCGGCGCCUUCGCAGGACGUUCCGGUCAUGCACAGUCGCACCCAUCCACCCACGUCGUCUCGCGUCCAGCGCCGCAGAGUGGCCCCAUUCUUAGCUUGCAGCACCCACAGCAGCAAACGUACACUGUCGGUCUUGCUGCGGAGCCCAAGGCUCACGACUGGACGGACGACAAGGAAAGCGAGCAGAUUGCGGAGGUCAAGGGAGACGACGUGUACCCUAUCGAAGAGGGCGGUACCCCUACGCAGGAGGAGGGUCCCAAGGGCGUGAAGAUCACUAUCGACACUGAGACGGACUACGAGGGCUUUGCUAAGAAGUAAGAUAUACGCACUCGAGACCAGGGUAUCAAUGAUCUCUCUCUCAUCCUUAAUAUCCUCUCACGUGAAAUUGAGCCCGCUUCAGCGUUCUUUGUCAUGUUCUGGUAUUUAUAGCACGGUUUAUGUUCAUAACCCUCACGUUAACUUGAUUGCUGGAUCCACUCUCCGUGCGCUGUUAUAGUUUACUGUUCUAUUCGUCGGUCUUGGCUUCUUGACCUGUAGGUGCUUGGUGAUGGCAUGUACCUUCUAGAUCUAUUUCCGUAUGACUAUUUACGUUGAUGA